AUGACCGACUCCACUCAACUUAAUUACAUGAUUGUGGAUGGCGUUCUUGGCGACUUUGUCCAGGAAAUUGCUGCCUACAUCGACAAGCUCGACCCUCCUGCUGAUGAGAAGAGCAGCUUUGAAAAUUACACAACUGGCUUGAUGGAGUCUGAAUCCGAAGAUGAUCAAGCCAGAACAUUUUUAGCAGUUGCUGAGAAGUCGGCUGUACUUGCCAACGCUCCUGAGAAGGAGUUUGAAUCCGCUUAUAACUUGGUUUUACACAUCUUGACCUUUUCUCCCAACUUGACCGAAGUUCUACCAGUUGUUCUCAAGAACUUGACUUCUUCUUCAAAGGCUGAACCUUUACAAGUGUUGUCAGUUUUGGCCAAUUUGUUCAACAUUUUGCCCACCAAUUCUCCAUUGAGAUAUAAUGUUUUCACGAGUAUUCUGUCGUUUGCCGACCAAACUAAGAACAUCCACUUGUUGAUCAGUCAGCUGAAACAAUUACCUCAAUGGUUGAACGACUGGGGUGUUGAUGAAGCUAACAAGAAGGACGUUUACUAUAGAGUCAGUGAGAUUCUGGCGUCUGCAGAUAGUGAGGAGUCACAUAAAUAUUUACUAAAGGCGGUCAGCACGUUGAAGGCUGGAUCCGAUGAGAGCACAAUCCUCAGCAAGAAGUUGGUUAUCACUUAUCUUGUUGCCGAGGCUGUUUACGAUUUUGACGAUAUUUUCGCUUUGGAGGCUGUUCAAGGAUUACAGACUUCUGAGAAGGACGUGUUCAAGCUGCUUGAGAUUGUCUCUAACGGAGACUAUGCCUCAUACAAAAGUUUCACAAAAUCCUCAGUUGACAGCAUAACUGAGGAGCAAUGGAUUGUUUUGGAGAAGAAGGUCAAGGUUCUUGCUCUUGGUUCAGUUGUUUACAAGGCAUCUCAAAAUGCCAGAACUAUUUCAUACAAGGAUAUUGCCCAAGCUAUUGAUGUUUCCGACGAUGAGAUUGAAGAGUGGGUUAUUGAUACCAUCCGAGCUGGACUUGUGGAGGGUCGUUUGAGUCAGAAUGACCAAGAGUUCGACAUCCACAGAGCUAGUCCCGUUGGUCAAUUUGGCGUUGAGCAAUGGUCUACUAUCUUGAACCGUCUUGACACCUGGAAGGCUAGCUUGAAGGAUGUUCUUGAUGUUGUUCGCAGUGCUCGUGAGAAUGCUCAAAGAGAAAACGUUGGCAAAUUCCGCCACAACAACGUUACUGCUUAA